UAGAUAGAUAGAUAGAUAGAUAGAUAGAUUUGUAGUUAUUUAAUAGUUAUUAUAUAUUACUACAAUAGGCUACUAUAAAUAGGCUAUAUAAUGAACUUAAAAACUAGUUUACUAAAUUUAUAAGGCUCUCCCCCUCUAACAUCCAAUCAGAGUGGAUCUUAAUAGAGUUAAAGCUGUACAAUUGUAGCUCUAUUGUUAUGCAUGAACCCACCAUUCAUCAUGAACUGACCGCUGGUGUGAGAGCACGACCCGUUUUGUUUACGGACAACCGUUAGUUAAUCCUAUUCAGGAACUUUCCCUUCAAAUCAACGUAAUUGCUACAUGACACCAGAAAUACUUUGACUUCACCGGGUGCUGCUGCUCCUUCGCCUCAGAGAGCGAGGGCUGUAAUGUUAUUUGAAUAUGUAAUCAGAAGUGUGUCAUGAGGUUAGAGAGGAGGAAUAUUAUAUUUAGAACUGACCAAAGCCAACGCGGAGAAAACCAAACACCAUUUUAACCGUUUCUCAGCAGAUAGCGACAUAAAGGAUUGAGUUUUAAUGAAUCAGCCUGCUUUUAGUUUUACAUUAUUUUAAUUGUGUAACACAGCAGUUAUGGGUGAAGAGAGAACGGAACUCGGUGACAUGGAUAGCAACCUUCGGCGUCUAAAACAUGAACUGACUGGCUGGUGAUCGAUCACACUUGUAAGGGAGAGAAGGAACAGAAAACAGGGAGAGAGACGAGAGAAGGAAAGACUGCAGGGUGAAAGAAGGAUUCUUUGUGGCAGUCAGAUGAGUGUCUCCAUGCUCAGAUGAAUUCUGUGGUCGGUGCUCUCCAGGAGCUCAAACUCUUGCAGGUCCAGACUGCGCUGGAGGAGCUGGAGUUCUCUAGCAAAACCAGCCAGGUCUCUCCAUACACCAGCUCGAUGCUCGAUCAGAUAAAUCACAGUUCAAGAAAAACCCACCUGGACCGAACGCGGAAUCCAGAAGAAAUUCUUUCACAAGAAUGUUUCAAGACUGAGCUUACCAUGGAACCAUCUUUGUUCCUCACUAGCUCUCCAGCAGAGAACCACCCUAUUCCCAGGAUACACAAACCCAAGACAGUUCACAGAGGAAGUCUAAGCACAUCUUCCUCUUUUUCCUCUCAGGAAGACACAACCGACAGCCAUUUCUCCUACGAUAUUGACGACUCCAGCGAUUGGACAGCCUCACUGAUGAACCACAGCAGAAACAGACAGCCGUUGGUGUUGGGAGACAAUGUUUUUGCUGAUUUGGUUGGGAACUGGCUGGAUCUGCCGGAUGUUGGACGCCAGACUGCAGGUGAGGAGCAGAAUGACUCAAGGCUCAAAGACACAAUUUUGGAGUCAACAUCUAGCAGUCACUCUCAAGAUCUCUCCAGGAAACUCUCGCUAACCGCUAGCAUCUUCAAACGGGUACUACGCCGCGUUCGACCACGGCACCACCAAGAAAGCGAAGGGAUGGAUGUGUGUAAACAACCAAAGACCGCAUACAGAAAGCCAAAAUCAGAUGUCAGCAAGCCAUUCUGGGUGAGAACAAGAGGAUUGAAGAAGAAAACCACGCCCACUCAGCAAGAGGCCUAUCAGGGCUUAGAGGGUUUGAAUCAUACGCCACCUGUGUAUGAUUACAGCUCAGCUGUGUGGGUUUAAAAGUCUGAUAUAACUCUAUAUGGAAGAGACUGUUACACAUAUUAUUAGUGGUUGUUAGACACAAUUAGUGGACUUUAUAAUCAUAAUUGUUGUAAAAGCAAAAUAUUGUUCAACAUGAUGUUGCAACUGGGAAACUUAUUCCUCUGAGUAGGGUGUUCGUUAUUAAGAUGUCAUGCAUUCAUGUCUGAAACAUACUGAAGUAGUCAAAACUAAAACAUUUUACUGUAAACAAUGAACCCAAAUAACAGCAUCUGAAUUCAAAAUUAAUUCAUUUUUAUCAUUUAUUCUUUGUAUCACAAAUGUGAAGCAAACCCUGAAAGUUGAGUGAUAAACCAUUUGCUACAGAUUUGCUUUCCGCUCACUGAUCUCAGGAUAUAUAUGUUAUAGACCUGUUUCGACGAUUGUGUCACACCCAUUCCACCGUCACAACUCGCCAACUCAUGCAUCAUCUAAAAUUCAGUUUCCCACUCGUAAAUAUGACUCUUGCUCAGUCAUUCAUGUGCUUGGAACUCAUAAUUAUGAUAUUUCCAACUCAACUUGAAGGGCACAUGUGUUUCUGAGCAAUUAAAGGGUUAGUUCACCCAAAAAUUGAAAUUUCUGUCAUUAAGUACGCACCCUCGUAUCGUUCCAAACCCGUAAGACCUUCAUUCAUCUUCAGAAAUUAUAUAUUUCUGAUGAAUUCCAAGAGGUCUUUUUAUUUCCCAUAGAGAGCAAUGUAAUUACCUUCAUUCAAGGUUCAGAAAAGUAGUAACGAAAAAAAAAUUUAAAUAGUCAACGUGACUACAGUGGUUCAACCUUAAUGUCAUAAAGCGACGAGAAUAUUUUUUGUGUGCAAAAACAUAAAAAAAACUUUAUUCAACAAUCUAUUCUCUACCCUGUCAGUCUCCAACGCAGUUGACACAGUGCAGCACUUCCGUGUUCCGUGAAACUAUAAAUUCCAAACAUAUAUUAGGUAAACACAUUUCUUGGAUGUGUUUUUGUGUGUUGGAGACGUAAGCAUGGCAGAGCAAAGAAAACAGAAAAAUAUUAAGUCACAUUGUGUUGGCAUCAAAAAGCUACUGUUUCUCUGAGGUCCCUUGAGUCUCAGUGCUGUUUCUGCUGAUGUUUGUUUCCAUCUCUUUAGGUUUAAAAGGAUGGCUAACUGUCAGUCACUGUGGAAAAUGUCCUGAUUGGUGCAUUUUUUCACAACUGUCUUGCGUUCUUAUUUAAAAAAAAAAAAAAAAAAGCUUUGCGAGUAUAAAGCUGUUUUGUGUUGGACAGAAAAACUAUGCAAUGAUGCUAAACUGCUAUGCAAAAAUGAAAAACUGAACAAAUGCAAAUACCUGCCUGUUUUAUCAGCACCUUCAUGUUGUGUCAUCUAUAAUAGAUACAUGAAACAAAUGGCCUGUAAUAAUCUCUUUACCUGCUCUGAGAGCUAUUCAAUACAUGAUGUAAUG